CAUGCAUCGGUGUGUAUGGCGUUUUAGAAUAUAUUUAUAUUUAUAAGAGGAUCUACUACUAAUUAUAUUUUUCUUCACUGACAGAUAAGCUAAAAGCAACUGUAAAAAGUUAAACUCUCUGUAAAUUAUUGUUUUGUACAUUAUUUUCCUAAAAAUAUUACUCAUUAGUUGAUCUAUAUAAAAGGAUAAAAUGUCUGACGAAGAGACUACUGCUUUAGUUGUGGACAAUGGUUCCGGAAACGUUAAGGCAGGUUUCGCCGGUGAUGACGCCCCCAGGUGCGUUUUCCCGAGCAUUGUCGGUAGACCGAAAAAUCCAGCACUCAUGGUUGGAAUGGACGAAAAGGAUACCUAUGUAGGUGACGAGGCGCAAUCCAAAAGGGGUAUCUUGACCCUCAAAUAUCCUAUUGAACACGGUAUCGUUACGAAUUGGGAAGAUAUGGAGAAAAUCUGGCAUCAUACCUUCUACAAUGAACUAAGGAUUGCACCUGAGGAACACCCGGUUCUCUUGACAGAAGCUCCCAUGAACCCCAAGGCCAAUCGUGAGAAGAUGACCACUAUCAUGUUCGAGACCCACAAUGUGCCAGCCAUGUAUGUUGCAAUCCAGGCCGUACUAUCACUUUACUCCUCGGGAAGAACUACCGGUAUUGUGCUCGACUCUGGAGAUGGUGUCACCCACACUGUGCCCAUCUACGAAGGUUACGCGCUUCCUCAUGCGAUCAUGAGACUCGAUUUGGCCGGAAGAGACUUGACUGAGUUCAUGCAGAAGAUUCUGGUUGAACGUGGAUUCUCUUUCACCACCACCGCUGAGAAGGAGAUUGUCCGUGACAUCAAGGAGAAGUUGUGCUACAUUGCCCUCGACUUCGACGAGGAAAUGACCACCUCAUCAUCAUCAUCCGAAGUUGAGAAGUCAUACGAGUUGCCAGACGGUAACAUCAUAACAGUUGGAAACGAAAGGUUCAGGUGUCCUGAAGUGCUCUUCCAGCCCACCUUCAUCGGUAUGGAGGCCCCUGGAAUCCACACCACCACCUACAACUCAAUUGUUAGAUGUGACGUGGACAUUAGGAAGGAUCUUUAUGCCAACGUGGUGCUGUCAGGAGGCACGACCAUGUUCGAGGGUAUUGGUCAGAGGAUGACUAAGGAGCUCAACGCGCUCGUACCUUCCACUAUGAAGAUCAAGGUUGUAGCCCCACCAGAACGCAAGUACUCUGUCUGGAUUGGUGGUUCGAUCCUGUCUUCACUCUCCACAUUCCAGCAAAUGUGGAUCACCAAGGAAGAGUUCGACGAAAGUGGCCCCAAUAUUGUGCACCGUAAAUGCUUUUAAUUUUUACGACCCCCUUCAAUAUGCUUUCAUUGAGUCCAAA